AUGAAUCCUGAAUACGACUACCUGUUCAAACUGCUUCUUAUUGGAGACUCUGGUGUCGGCAAGUCUUGCCUGCUCUUGCGGUUUGCGGAUGACACCUACACAGAGAGCUACAUCAGCACAAUCGGGGUCGACUUUAAGAUCAGAACCAUUGAAAAGGAUGGGAAGACUGUCAAACUACAAAUUUGGGACACAGCCGGACAAGAGAGGUUCCGGACCAUCACAUCCAGCUACUACAGAGGAGCACAUGGGAUCAUCAUUGUGUAUGAUGUCACUGAUCAGGAGUCCUUUAACAACGUGAAGCAGUGGUUGGAGGAGAUUGACCGCUAUGCGUGUGAAAAUGUCUCCAAAUUGCUUGUGGGAAACAAGUGUGACUUGGUCUCUAAAAAGGUAGUGGACUCUGCCACUGGUCAAAAAUUUGCUUCAUCCCUAAAGAUUCCAUUCCUGGAGACCAGUGCAAAGAAUGCUGAUAAUGUAGAGAAAUCAUUUUUAACCAUGGCCUCUGAAAUACAGAAGCGUGUUGGAAGUGAUGGUGUUCAAAGUGAGGCUGCUAAAGUGGGCAACAAGAUAAACAGUGCACCCCUUUGGCCCGGGGGGAAAGACGAGGCUGCUGCAGAGGAGGGGAAUUCUUGUUGCUAG